AUGGCAGCAAUUACUUCCAACCAGGCCAGCGCCGGCGAGGGGCAGGGAUCUCACGAGAAUGAUCACUUGGCUGAGCCUAGAUCAUCGUUUACUGCUGUCAAUGGCGGCACCUCUCCGGUUCCUCCAGCAAAGCCCAAGCCAGACCAUGAGCCUCAGAAGGAGGCCCCAGAAGUCACCACUCACCGUCCAAUUCUUCCAAACAAUCAGCAUGAACCUCCGCAGUCUCCGGCUCUACCACGCCAGGAUCGACCAGCAAAUGGACCGGAGCCACCGCGACAAGAGAGACGGCUGUCACCAGCUCCAGCUGCCGCUCAACCUCAAGCUCCGACACAUUCUCAAGGCCCAGCACCAGGUCCAGUGUAUGCUCACCCGUUGGACCGCCCACCCUCAACGGCUUCACAACGAACUGAGGCCUCCAGCGGAGCAAGAGCGCAAUACCCAAAUCAUUCCAGGACUCCGAGUAAUCAGCAACCUAAUGGGAUCAUGAGUCCCCAGGUGCAAAAACGAAAGCGAUCCUUUGAUGAAGAGCACCCACGCCAUCCUGAGUACGACCACCAAACCGUGUACCCUAUGCAUGGUCCUCCUCCCAGUCCUGGCGGUCAGCGCAUGCACAGCAUGGACAACGGCGCUCCACGGGAGCGGCCAGCCUACAGCCCUCGCCAAACAUAUCCUCCACCCCCAGAAACGUAUCCGCCGCCCCCUCCAGAUGCGUACCACGGACCGCCGCAGAUGCGAGAAAGCCCUCCUGAUAUUUACCCGCGACCGGAGCGACACCAGCAUGUGAGGAAUGACUACGAUCAUCCUGUCGACCCUUCUAUUGCUCCAGGUCAACCCAGACCAUACUAUUCAGACCAACAGAUGGCUGAUUCCCUGCGACAACACAAUCGAAGCUACGAUUCAAUGCCUCCUCGUGACACUUAUGGAACUCCAGAAGACGAUGAUGAGCACGGACAAUACGGGGAUUACGGUGCAAGCCGUAGCUCUGCAGACCUAGAUCGCAAGCGUAGAAAGAGAGUUUUCAGCAAUCGUACCAAAACAGGAUGCAUGACCUGUAGACGGAGAAAGAAGAAGUGUGAUGAACAACAUCCUGAAUGUAAUAACUGCUUGCGCGGAGGAUUUGUCUGCGAAGGAUACAGCAUGCGAAAUACGUGGCAGAAACCAACCAACGCCAAACAACCCAUUCCUCUCCAAUCAAAGAACGGCUACCCGCCCCAGGGGACUCCUUCUCGUGCUCCAUACCCACCUACCACUCGCUACCAGGAGACCAGCCCGGAGUACUCAGGCCCGCCGCCUCAGCAUAUGCAAAGAUCGUACGACGGUGAUCGAGUCAAACCAAUCGAUGUUGACAAUGAUCGUGACCAGGUCUAUGGGAGGCAAAGUCCUCCGGACCCACAGAAGUCUGCAUGGGCCAAAGCUCCACGACCAUACCCAAGCCAUCCUCCAUCUAUGUCCAAAUAUGAUCAGAAUGGCCACCGUGGUUCCGUAUACGAGAUGCCAGAUCCCCAAGAGCAGAGUUCAAUGCAUCCGCCAGCUUCUGUGCAUCGGACCAACUCCUCUGCAUCGCAAUACUCCCAAGCACCUCACCCACCGAAUCACAAUAACACUCCACCUAACCAAAACAACGUGCAAGCCAUUGCACAAGCAGCUACAACACACUCAGCCGCUAUACGUCCAUCUCCAUCACGUCGAAACGAGCAAUACACCGAGCGAGAGAAGAUGCUGAAGGGGCUGUACUACUUACCGUUGACCCCUGCCCUCACCGAGGACCGCGAGCGCUGCAUUGCCGCCAUCUGGCGUUUCAAUAACGCUACCAAUCCCUCCCAUGGUGCCAGCCCCGAAGAGCGCUGUCGCCUCUUCCGUCAAAUCAUCAGCUUGCGCCCAACCCCGGAGCCACCUGGUACCAACGGCGAAGUCCCGCCUCCGCAGAUGGAACUGCCUUUCGGUAGCGUGGGUGAGCGUGUUGUUGUAGAGGCGCCUUUCAACUGCGACUACGGUUACAAUAUCACCGUGGGCGAUGACGUGCUCAUUGGUGCUGAUUGUCGCAUCUCUGAUACUUGCUCGGUCACCAUUGGAGCGAGAUGCAUCUUUAGUCCUAAUGUGAAGCUUGUGUGUGCUACCUAUCCUAUUGAUCCGAGGAGGCGCAAUGGGAGCGGUGGGGCAGCCUUGGGUAGAAACAUAGUGAUUGAGGAGGAUUGCUGGAUUGGAAGCAAUGUGACCAUCCUGGCUGGCGUGAGGGUUGGUAAGAGCAGCACUGUUGGCGCCGGAAGUUUACUACAUCAGGAUGUCCCAAGAUUCACAGUAGUAGCAGGCAAUCCUGCCAAAGUGAGCCGAGGCAUUUACGACGGGAACGCUGACGGCCAGUGA